CUCGUUCAACUCUCGGCGCCGCCGCGGCCCCACGCUCCGGGCCCGUCCUCGAGGCGCGCGGCGCAGGGCGCGGGCGCCGGGGCCUGAGGCGGCGGGCGACGCCCGGGGGGCCUGACGGCCGGCCCGCGCCAUGGUGUGAGCGCCGCCGCCCGCGCACGCUCCGUCCGCCCCCCGCGCGGCCCGGCCGGCCGAGAGCCGCGAGCGGCCGGAGAGCGCGGCCGAGCCCGCCGCCGCCGUCCCCGGCCCCCGAGGAGAGAGUCCCGGCUCGGCGGCCGCGCGAGGAGCGCCGUCGGCGGCCCGGCCUGUGGCUGAGAUACACAGAGCAAUAGAGAUAUUUAUUGUUACUAUUUGGUUUUUGGUGGCAAAAAGGGAAAAUGGCGAACGACUCCCCUGCAAAAAGUCUGGUGGACAUCGACCUGUCCUCCCUGCGGGAUCCUGCUGGGAUUUUUGAGCUGGUGGAAGUGGUUGGAAAUGGCACCUAUGGACAAGUCUAUAAGGGCCGGCAUGUUAAAACGGGUCAGUUGGCAGCCAUCAAAGUUAUGGAUGUCACUGAGGAUGAAGAGGAAGAAAUCAAACUGGAGAUAAAUAUGCUGAAAAAGUAUUCUCAUCAUAGAAAUAUUGCAACGUACUAUGGUGCUUUCAUUAAAAAGAGCCCUCCAGGACACGAUGAUCAGCUCUGGCUUGUUAUGGAGUUCUGUGGGGCUGGAUCCAUUACGGACCUUGUGAAGAACACCAAAGGGAACACACUCAAAGAAGACUGGAUCGCAUACAUCUCCAGGGAAAUCCUGAGGGGAUUGGCACAUCUUCACAUUCACCAUGUGAUCCACCGGGAUAUCAAGGGCCAGAACGUAUUGCUGACUGAGAAUGCAGAGGUGAAACUUGUCGAUUUUGGUGUGAGUGCACAGCUGGACAGGACGGUAGGGCGGAGAAAUACAUUCAUAGGCACUCCCUACUGGAUGGCUCCCGAGGUCAUUGCCUGUGAUGAGAACCCAGAUGCCACCUAUGACUACAGGAGUGACCUUUGGUCUUGUGGCAUUACAGCCAUUGAGAUGGCAGAAGGUGCUCCCCCUCUCUGUGACAUGCAUCCAAUGAGAGCACUGUUUCUCAUUCCCAGAAACCCUCCUCCCCGGCUGAAGUCAAAAAAAUGGUCAAAGAAAUUUUUUAGUUUUAUAGAAGGGUGCCUGGUGAAGAACUACAUGCAGCGGCCCUCCACAGAGCAGCUUUUAAAACAUCCCUUUAUAAGGGAUCAACCAAAUGAAAGGCAAGUUAGAAUCCAGCUUAAGGAUCAUAUAGAUCGGACCAGAAAAAAGAGAGGAGAAAAAGAUGAAACUGAGUAUGAGUACAGUGGGAGUGAGGAGGAAGAGGAGGAAGUGCCUGAACAGGAAGGAGAGCCAAGUUCCAUUGUUAAUGUGCCUGGUGAGUCUACUCUUCGUCGGGAUUUCCUGAGGCUGCAGCAGGAGAACAAGGAACGUUCUGAGGCUCUUCGGAGACAACAGUUACUGCAGGAGCAACAGCUCCGGGAGCAGGAGGAAUAUAAAAGGCAACUGCUAGCAGAGAGACAGAAACGGAUCGAGCAGCAGAAAGAACAGAGGCGGCGGCUGGAAGAGCAACAAAGAAGAGAGCGUGAAGCUAGAAGGCAGCAGGAACGUGAACAGCGAAGGAGAGAACAGGAAGAAAAGAGGCGCCUGGAGGAAUUGGAGAGAAGGCGCCAGGAGGAAGACGAGAGGAGGCGGGCAGAGGAGGAGAAGAGGAGAGCUGAGAGGGAGCAGGAGUAUAUCAGACGACAGCUAGAAGAGGAGCAGCGGCACUUGGAAAUCCUUCAGCAGCAGCUGCUCCAGGAGCAGGCCAUGUUACUGGAGUGCCGAUGGCGGGAGAUGGAGGAGCACCGGCAGGCAGAGAGGCUCCAGAGGCAGUUGCAACAAGAACAAGCAUAUCUCCUGUCUCUACAGCAUGACCACAGGAGGCCACACCCGCAGCAGCAGCCACCGCCACAGCAGGAGAGGAGCAAGCCAAGCUAUCACGUUCCCGAGCCCAAACCCCACUACGAGCCUGUGGACAGAGCUCGAGAGGUGGAAGAUAGAUUUAGGAAAACUAACCACAGCUCCCCUGAAGCCCAGUCUAAGCAGACAGGCAGAGUAUUGGAGCCACCAGUGCCUUCCCGAUCAGAGUCUUUUUCCAAUGGCAACUCCGAGUCUGUGCAUCCUGCGCUGCAGAGACCAGCGGAGCCACAGGUACAGUGGUCCCACCUGGCAUCUCUCAAGAACAAUGUUUCCCCUGUCUCGCGAUCCCAUUCCUUCAGUGACCCUUCUCCUCCCAAAUUUGCACACCACCAUCUUCGUUCCCAGGACCCAUGUCCACCUUCCCGCAGUGAGGUGCUCAGUCAGAGCUCUGACUCUAAGUUGGAGGCGCCUGACCCCACCCAAAAGGCUUGGUCUAGAUCAGACAGUGACGAGGUGCCUCCAAGGGUUCCCGUGAGAACAACAUCGCGUUCCCCUGUUCUAUCCCGUCGGGAUUCCCCACUGCAGGGCAGUGGACAACAAAAUAGCCAAGCAGGACAAAGAAACUCCACCAGCAAUAUUGAGCCCAGGCUUCUGUGGGAGAGAGUGGAGAAGCUGGUGCCCAGACCUGGCAGUGGUAGCUCCUCAGGGUCCAGCAAUUCAGGAUCCCAACCUGGGUCUCACCCUGGGUCUCAGAGUGGCUCCGGGGAACGCUUCAGAGUGAGAUCAUCAUCCAAGUCUGAGGGCUCUCCAUCUCAGCGCCUUGAAAAUGCAGUGAAAAAACCUGAAGACAAAAAAGAAGUUUUUAGACCUCUCAAGCCUGCUGAUUUAACUGCACUGGCCAAAGAGCUUCGAGCAGUAGAAGAUGUGCGGCCCCCUCACAAAGUGACUGACUAUUCCUCAUCCAGUGAGGAGUCUGGGACGACAGAUGAGGAGGAUGAUGACGUGGAACAAGAAGGGGCUGAUGAGUCCACUUCUGGACCAGAGGACACCAGAGCAGCGUCAUCUCUGAAUUUGAGCAAUGGUGAAACAGAAUCUGUGAAAACCAUGAUUGUCCAUGAUGAUGUAGAAAGCGAGCCAGCCAUGACCCCGUCCAAGGAGGGCACGCUGAUCGUCCGCCAGAGUACAGUUGACCAAAAGCGUGCCAGCCAUCAUGAGAGCAAUGGCUUUGCCGGUCGCAUUCACCUCUUGCCAGAUCUCUUACAGCAAAGCCAUUCCUCCUCCACUUCCUCCACCUCCUCCUCCCCAUCCUCCAGCCAGCCGACACCCACCAUGUCCCCACAGACACCCCAGGACAAGGUCACUGCUAAUGAGACUCAGUCCGCUAGUAGCACACUCCAGAAACACAAAUCUUCCUCCUCCUUUACACCUUUUAUAGACCCCAGAUUACUACAAAUUUCUCCAUCUAGUGGAACAACAGUGACUUCUGUGGUGGGGUUUUCCUGUGAUGGAAUGAGACCAGAAGCCAUAAGGCAAGAUCCUACCCGGAAAGGCUCAGUGGUCAAUGUGAACCCCACCAACACUAGGCCACAGAGUGACACCCCGGAGAUUCGUAAAUACAAGAAGAGGUUUAACUCUGAGAUUCUAUGUGCUGCCUUAUGGGGAGUGAAUUUGCUAGUUGGUACAGAGAGUGGCCUGAUGCUGCUGGACAGGAGCGGCCAAGGGAAGGUGUACCCUCUGAUCAGCCGGAGACGGUUUCAGCAGAUGGAUGUACUCGAGGGCUUGAACGUCUUGGUGACAAUAUCUGGCAAAAAGGAUAAGUUACGUGUCUACUAUUUGUCCUGGUUAAGAAAUAAAAUACUUCACAACGAUCCAGAAGUUGAGAAGAAGCAGGGAUGGACAACCGUCGGGGAUUUGGAAGGAUGUGUACACUAUAAAGUUGUAAAAUAUGAAAGAAUCAAAUUUCUGGUAAUUGCUUUGAAGAGUUCUGUGGAAGUCUAUGCGUGGGCACCCAAGCCAUAUCACAAAUUUAUGGCCUUUAAGUCAUUUGGAGAAUUGGUACAUAAGCCAUUACUGGUGGAUCUCACUGUUGAGGAAGGCCAAAGGUUGAAAGUGAUCUAUGGAUCCUGUGCUGGAUUCCAUGCUGUUGACGUGGAUUCAGGAUCAGUCUAUGACAUUUAUCUGCCAACACAUGUAAGAAAGAACCCACACUCUAUGAUCCAGUGUAGCAUCAAACCCCAUGCAAUCAUCAUCCUUCCCAACACAGAUGGGAUGGAGCUUCUAGUGUGCUAUGAAGAUGAAGGGGUUUACGUGAACACAUAUGGAAGGAUCACCAAGGAUGUGGUGCUACAGUGGGGAGAGAUGCCCACCUCUGUAGCAUAUAUUCGAUCCAAUCAGACAAUGGGCUGGGGAGAGAAGGCCAUAGAGAUCCGCUCUGUGGAAACUGGUCACUUGGAUGGUGUGUUCAUGCACAAAAGGGCUCAAAGACUGAAAUUCUUGUGUGAACGCAAUGAUAAGGUAUUCUUUGCCUCUGUUCGGUCUGGUGGCAGCAGUCAGGUUUAUUUCAUGACCUUAGGCAGGACUUCUCUUCUGAGCUGGUAGAAGCAAUGUGAUGUGGACAUUGUCGGCCUUCAGAGUCUUCAAGAUCCUGAGAACUUGGAAUUCCUUGCAACUGGAGCUCAGAGCUGCACCAGGGCAACCAGAACAGCUGUUGUGUGCAAACCUCAUGCGUUGGGUUCUCUCUCUCCCUUCCUUCCUGCUCCUGUUUACCAAUUUAUCCCUUUUUUUUUUUCCUUACUCAAAAAUAAAUCAAGGCUGCAAUGCAGCUGGUGCUGUUCCGAUCCUACCAUCAGGUGCUAUAAGUGUUUGGGAUUGAGCAUCAGACCAGAAAGCAAACACCUUUCCUGCAGCUCCAGAAUUCCUUGUCUCUGAUUGACUCUGUGUUAUGGGUAUCUGGCGGUGGCGACAGCAAACAUGCCGUUGGUUUUCUUGGCAGUGGGCACAAGGAGGUGAGAAGUGGGGUUAUAAGGAGCAGUUUGCUGAAGCAGAGAGCAGAUUUAAUAUAGUAACAUUAACAAUGUAUUUAAUUGACAUUUCUUUUUUUGUAAUGUGACAAUAUGUGGACAAAGAAGGUGCAGGUUUAAGAAGUUAAUAUUUAUAAAAUGUGAAAGACACAGUUACUAGGAUAACUUUUGUGGGCGGGGCUUGGGAGACAGGUGGGGUGGGUUAAGGGGUCCCGUUUGUUUCUUUGGAUUUGGUGGGUGGGGAUCCUGGCCAAGAACUCAGUCAUUUUCUGUGUCAGGUUUUGCCUAAAUCAUGUGUGGAUGGUUCUUAAAACAAAAGAAGGAAACAGAAAAUAUGUGCAUUUUGUAUAAUGUCCAGAACUUUGUUGUGUGACAGUAUUAGCACUGCCUCAGUUAAAGGUUUAAUUUUUGUUUAAACCUAGAAGUGCAACAGCAGUUUUACCACAGUCUGCACUUGCAGAAGAAAAAAAAAAUUCAAACCACAUGUUUAUUUUUUUGCCUACCUCAUUGUUUUUAAUGCAUUGAGAGGUGAUUUAGUUUAUAUGUUUUGGGAGGAAACCAUUAAUGUUUAAUUUAAUCUCGAUACCAAAACUCUCAGAUUGGAGUUUGCUAAUUUAUCACAGCCUAGUAGGCAUGAGAAGAACUGUCCAUGAAGAUGGGAGUAGCCUUAUGGCUGAUACAGUUUCUACAUGAAGAAAGCAGAAUGCUUUGUUUUCACCAGAUUCACCAUUGAAGGUUAAUGGGGUGACUGUAGCCCACAACAGAGAGAUCUCAUUGUUCUCAAUUCGAGGUUUGGUAGCAGACAGGUGGUCACAUUAGAAUAGUCACACAAACUGUUCAGUGUUGCAGGAACCUUUUCUUGGGGGUUGGGAUAUUCCCCUUUUCUAAAAAUGCAAUGCACUAAAACUAUUUUAAGAAUGUAGUUAAUUCUGCUUAUUCAUAAAGUUGACAUAUUCCUGUGUUUUAGGUGUAAUAUGGAAGUCCUGGCUUUUCUUGUUUUCUCACUUGCUCUCUUGUUUUCUGUUUUUUAAACCAGUUUUAUCUUAUGAAUAUGUUCAUGACAUUUGUAAUAAAUGUCUUGAGUAA